AACAUUUCAGAUGACUUUCGUUGUCCAUCAAUCAAUCAAUCAAUUUGACACUUUGAUAAUGUCACACCAGGACAUUUUCCUGCACAAAAGCAUAUGAACCUCAAAUGAAAGCGAUUCUCCUUUUCCUCUUGACGUAUGUUUUGUUAGUGUCCUGCACGGAAAACGACAAGGAAGGUCCCGCGGCUGAUAAAGGCGAAAUUUCCUGUUUAACUGGUGGAGAAUGUAUUCCAGGCAAAGGUCAUGGUGUUUCCGGUUCGGUAAUCGCCGAAAAAGCUGCUCAAGAUGCUAAAGCCGCUGAAGUUGCUCAACAACAAGCAGCCCAGCAAGCAUCCCGGCAAGUGAAGGAGCAAUUAGCAGGAAAAGCGAUGGAGGCUGCGAAAGCUGCUGAAGCAGCGCUCAUGGGAAAAGAAGCUCUAGUGGAACAACUACAGUCAGAAGUGAAAGAAGCAGAGUUGGUGGUGAAUGAAGAAACGUCAGGUCUUCAAAUGCUCCAACAAACUGCACAAUUCAGUAGUAAAGCAGCUCAAGAGGCACAAGCUGGACUCAAAGUUAUCCAAACGUCCAUUCAACUGGCCCAAGUCAAUGCUGCCAAUUCUCAACAAGCCUUGGAAGGUGUCAAUGCCCAACUCAACGAAAAAGAACAACUUCUAGAAGCAGCAAAGGCUCGUAUGGAAGAGCUUACUCAUCAGUUACAAUCCGCCAAAGUAGAGCUUUCUAAAACUAAAGAAGCGGCCAAAAGGGCAGAAGCAUCUGCUGCGGAAGCAAAGCAAAACAUUGGAAGAGGAAGAAGAAAGGUUUCCAAGAGGAGCAUAAGAACGUGACUUACGAUACUUCUCAAUGUACUUUACAUUAUUUUAUAAUAUAAAUUAUUUUUAAAACAAGA